AUGUUGUUCCGGUCUCUCGCGGCCGCCAGCGCCCUCUCUCUGAGCGCCUCGGCCUUUUUGGUCGUUCCAGAGAUCCACCAUCCUUCUCAAGAGCACGGCAAUCUACCUGCCACUCACGCCGUUGAACUCGGAGACGUCCACAGCAAGACUUUUGAACUGCUUUGCGAUGACUGCCCAUUCCCGGAGACUGGAGAGGAUGGCGUUGUCGCUUGGUCCGAGAACACCAAGUCUUCUUUGGAAUUGAACUUCCGCGCUGAAAAUGGCAACCUCUAUGUCAACGACGCACAUAUCUUCCCAGUCACAUUCAAUUCUGUCGAAACCGUCACAGCCGUCCAGCGCCGAGAAUCCGAUGGCAUGGAAACCGAACCCUUGAGGCUGGGCUUCGCUCUUAUGGCUCUACCUCUUGCGCCUCCUCAGGACGACAUGGAACUUUUGCAAAUCCGCUUUUCUCCCCUUGACAUCGAUGGUCAUCCAGCUCCUCUGGACACUGUCUCAAUCACAGCUAUCCAGACUACCGCAGGUGAACUUUUCAUUCUGCGAACUGAGGUCGAACUCCCCGCCGGCCAGGAUGACCACGCGUCAUGGAAGCAGUGCGACGGCGACACCCAAUGCCUGCGACACUUGAUUUUUGACCGUAUCCGGGCUCUGGUCCAGUCCGCCCAGGCCCACAUGAUGAACUUGAAAUCUAAGCUCGGGUUCGGAAAGGGCUGCCACGGCAAGCUUCACCCUCACCACAAGCCUGGCCAACCCGGCCCCGACUUUGGCGAAUUUGAGGAAGGUCACCGCUUCCAUGGCCAGCCUCCUCACCCACACCACCGCCACAUGAACGGUCUUCGCCGCACUUUGUUCCGCGUUGUCCGCUUCGUUAUUGUUCCUGCCGUCCUUGGAAUUUUUGCUGGUCUUACUGCUAGUGCUAUCGGCAUGCUUGUUGGACAGGCCGUCGUCUUCCUCUGGAUGCGCUACCGACGUGGAUCUAAGCCCGCCCGCUCAACCUCGAGUUUGGAGCAAGGCGAUAUGUCCGAAAAGGCUGUCCUCUUGGUGGAGGAAGAAGAAGUCCCCAACGAGGAGCUUCCUCCUUACACUGAUGAUGAACACGUUGCUUUGGAUCCAAAAUAA